GGCGCCGUGCCGCCAGCGUCACUGGCGCCGUGGGCGCCGCUGGCGUUGCAGGUGCCGCAGGCGCUGCUGGUGCCGCUCGCGCCGCGGGCGCUGGGCGCGUCGCUGGUGCCCCCGGCGCCUCGGGCGCCGCCGGCGCUUCGGGCGCCGCUGGCGCUGAAGGCGCCGCUGGCGCCGCUUGGGCAGCUGAACAACAACGCGCACCCCGCCGCAAGGAUGCGUGCGAACACCCCCCUGAGAACAGUGCCAGCAGCGGCAGAGUCGAUCGGCGAAGGGGUCGAGAACGUGCUCAUGGUGCUGCCCAUCUCGGAGUGGACGCUGCAAGUUCCUCCGAACAGCAGUUCCUGUGCACGGCGCGCCUCGACGGUUCCGGCCAGGAGGUGGCUGCUGCAUGCGUGCAGGGUCAGCUGGGAUCGCCUGCGCAUCGGUCACAGCCUCCGUCCCGCAGUCGCGCCCAGCAAGCAACGUCGGCUCAAGCGACGUCGGCUCAAUCAACGUCGCUUCAAGAUACCUUCACUGGGCAUCCUGAUUGAUAACUCAUGUAUUCUUUUUACAUGGAGCCUGCACAGGAUAGUUGGGAAUGUGGCAAAACGUGGAGGGGCCGCGACAGGCUCGACACCAGACAGGAAGGGAGGACGUAAGGAUAAGGACGAUAUGAAGGCCAUGCUCGAAGAUAAGGGGGAGGGAGAUGACUACCUCAGCACAGCUCCAGACUAUUUUAAAGAGUUCGUCCGAAUCCAAUCGAAGCAGUUCGACGCCCUGAAAUCAGAGAUGGCUGGCGUCAAGAACCUCAUAGACCAGGCGAGAAUCGAGGCACAGGACGCAAGGGGGGCAGCGGAAGAGGUUCAGGAUAAGAUGGAGGGGGUGGAGAUGGACGUGGAGGGCAUCAGGAACGACCUGGAGGAGAUGUACCUGACUAAGAAAGAAGUUGAAGAGAUCAUUGACAGCAAGCUUCAAGACACCAUCCAGAGCAACAUGGG